AAAGCGGUGUAGCCGAGGAUCAUGCUCCGACUCCAAACAAUGCCUCUUGCAGUGUCUCGACUGCGCUCUCAUCUUUCUCUCUCACCACGACAUUGUAGCUUCUCAUGUUCUUUUGCAUUCCAAUAUUAGUGGGCUGUCAGACCAGUGUUAAGCCUGAUAGUCCAGAGCAAGUUGCUCAUAUCUGCCCUCGUUGCAACAAUGCUUCUGUUAUCGCUGCAAGGCAGAAGACUUGGUUCGAAUUCUUCUUCAUUCCACUAGUCCCUCUUUCGUCCAAGCAUAUAUGGUUGUGUACUAUAUGCCAGUGGCGGUCGCCACACGGACCAGGCGGAACCCGCCAUCGCCUUUAACCCGGGAUAUAAUCCCGGCUUCACCGAUGGCUACAAUCCAGCCUAUCAGAAGUGAUUAUUAAAACCAAGCUUUCCUUAUCGACUAGCGCGUCAUAUAUGAAUGACCG